AACAAUGUCAAUAUCACGUCAGAACAAACUCAGGAAACAAAUUCGACAACAACUGUUACCGAAGAAAUAUCCAGUGCGUCUGUUAUUUCGGACCUGCACGGGAAGAUCCAUACUAGACAAUGAAGAGAAAACACCUCAAAAAAUAAAAGACGGCGGCGGCGGCGGCGGCGGUAUUGAAAAUUCAAUGAUUCUUCACAACGGCAAGGAACAAUAUUAUCAGAGCCGAAAAGAUGUGGCCAGACGAAUAGCUCUUCGAGCGAAAUAUUUAGAAGACAAUACAGGGUAUGGUGAUGAAGAGGAGGACAUCUAUUCCAGCAGCCAUUCAACAGCAGAAAAUACUGUUCUUAUUGCUGAGAUGCCGCAUGUUACAAAACAGCCAUCGUUUCAAGUUCCAACUACGUCGAACGCGUCGAAGAUUAUUCUCAUCAGAAAUGUAAACAAUCGAACUGUCCCUAUUUUAUUGGGUAAAUAUAGAGUUAUGUUAGAUUAUAAACUUUUCACAUCAAAUCUGUGCUUAUGCCAAUAUAAGUUGCCAAAGGCAUGA